CAUACAUAUAUAGUCAACCAUGACAGAAACACACGCCAUGAAAGCUAUACUCAAAACACUUGUUCAAAAUCCAACUCAAUUUACUUCAGAAGAUGCCGAGAAUGCCAUGCAAGAAGUCAUGGGCGGACGUGCUACUGAAAGUCAGAUCUCUGCCUUCUUGGUUGCGUUAAAACUGCAACAGAAAGACGCAGACCCAAAUAUUGUUGCUGCGUGUGCCAGAAGUAUGCGAGGAUUUGCACGUCUCGUCCCCUAUAAUGACUAUGAGCAUCUUCAAGGAGCUGUUGUAGAUAUUGUAGGUACAGGUGGUGAUGGGCAUGAUACCUAUAAUGUAUCUACAACAGCGUCUAUUGUUGCUGCUGGUGCAGGUGCAAAAGUAGCCAAGCAUGGUAACCGAGCUGCAUCAUCCAAAUCAGGUUCUGCUGAUUUAGUAGAAGCGCAUGGCUGCCAUAUUAGCCGUGUUCAACCAGAUCAUGUGGCUGGUAUUAUCGACCGAACAAACUUUUGCUUCCUCUUCUCCCAGACUUAUCAUCCAGCCAUGAAGCAUGUAGCGGCACUGCGUAAAGAGAUUGGUAUUCCCACUGUAUUUAACAUGCUUGGACCUAUGAGUAAUCCUGCUCUUCCUAUGCGUACAGUCGUCGGUGUACAUUCACCGCAAAUUGGCAAUCUAAUGGCAAAUGCACUGCAAUUGACAGGAGUAAAGGAAGCAUUGGUUGUGUGUGGAGCAGAGAAACUAGAUGAGAUCAGCCCCGCAGGAGAAACAACUUUCUGGCGUAUUCAUAAUACAGGAGAUAUUACAACUGGCACUCUUCAUCCCACCCGUGACUUUGGACUUCCUACGCAUCCCUUGUCUGAUGUCAAGGGAGGUGAUUGUCAUGAAAAUGUCUUGAUCUUGAAACAGUUGCUUUCAGGAGAACUUCCAGAGAACAAUCCUAUCCUUGAUUUUGUCCUGCUCAAUGCCUCUGCAUUAUUAGUUGUUGCUGGUGUAGCGUCUAAUUUCAAGGAUGGUGUGUCCAAAGCACGCGCUUCUAUUAAGAGCGGACAAGCGAAAAAGGUUUUGGAAGCCUUCCGACAAGAAACUCAGUGAACGAAUAGUAUUGGAUAAAGAUAAACAUUAGAAGAGAAUACCAGCAAAAAACCCAUUGCAAUUAUUCGGCUUGUUUUUCAACAAUGUUAAUUUUGGAAAAAAAAAAUCAAUAAACCGAUUUACUAGAAUAUAGUCUUUAGAAGACGCCUCU